AUGCAGUUGUCAAGUUACGAAAAUAUUACCCAAGAAAAUAUUAUUUUUAAUGAAGCCAAAAAGUACAAAGUAAAAGAUAGUAAAAUAAAAUACAAACGUAUCCCAAUUGAAGUUAAAUACCCAAAUGGAAAGAAAGGAUCACUAGUAGUUGAAUCUCCAUUUCUUUUUAGUUUUGGGGUAAGUGAAAAAAAAAAUCAAGACACAGGUAAAUUGGUUGGUUAUAGUAUUCCAGUAUGUCUUUGGUCUCGCGAUAGUGAACCGAAUAAUAAAGAAAAAGCAUUUUUUGAUGUUAUUAACAAUUUAAAAACUUUAUCUCAGCAACAUUUAGAGAAUGAAUAUGGACCAGAUUUAGCAUCAACUUUAUCUUCACCAUUUUACUAUAAACAAAUAGAAUACACAGAUAAGAAAGGAAAAAAGAAAACAAAAGUCGAUGAAUCAUCAGCGCCAGUUCUUUACGCAAAACUUAUUUACUCAGAAAAAUCAAAGAAAAUUUUAUCUUUGUUUAAGGGAAAGGGAGGUUGUGAUUUAAAACCUUUCAACUAUAUUAAUCAGUACUGUAAUGUUAAAUUAGCAUUGAUAAUUGAAGGAAUUUUUAUAAGUAAGACUGUAACAUCAUUACAAAUAAAAGUACACGAGUGCUAUGUCAAAAAGUUAGAACCUAGAAAGAGUUUACUUACAAUUGAUGAAAAAAGUAGUGAUAGUGAUAGUGAUAGUAAAGUUGAAGAAAUAACUGAUAAA